AUGUGUCUAAAUUGCUUCAAGGAUGACCAUCAGGCAAAAACGUGUACAAGUGGGAAGUGCAGGAAGUGUCAACAAAAACACAAUACACUUUUGCAUUUUUCAACGAGGCCACAAGUAGAGAACAAGUCAGCAGAUUUGUCGGUUCAACAGCCGCCAACAGUAGCAUCGGCGAAUAGAUCCCAAUCAUACGUACUUCUUGCAACCGCACGUGUUGCGAUCAAGGCAAAUAAUGGAAGAAGCUAUGAGUUUAAGGCGAUUCUGGAUUCCGGUUCACAAAUUAAUCUGGUGUCAGAGCGACUAGUGCAGAGGUUGGGUAUCGAACCCAUUCAAACAUCUCUCUGUAUCGAAGGUGUUGGAGGUAGAUCAAGAACCGCAAACCACAGGGUCAACGUGGAGCUUAAGUCACUCACCAGCAAAUUCAGAACACGCCUAGAAGCCUUUGUGUUACCAAAUAUAGUGCCACCCCAACCAAGCACUGAGAUCGACAUCACAUCAUGGCCUAUUCCAGAAAACAUAAAACUAGCAGAUCCCUAUUUUUAUCAAACGACCAGGAUUGACGUACUACUUGGAGCAGAGUUCUACUUCAACCUGAUUCUCUCACAAGAACUUCGAAUGUCCAAAGAGCUUCCUAUAUUGAAGAACUCAAAACUAGGAUGGAUUGCUAGUGGAAGAGUUCAGGCUGAAUCAGAAACUGUGACAUGCGCCGUUUUCGGAGAAGAUGAACAUGCUUUAGAAGAUUUAUUAAAGAUGUUCUGGGAACAAGACGAUGUUUGUGAAGACCAGAACUUGACAAUAGCAGAGGAACAGUGUGAAAAUCACUUCAACCAAAAUACAACAGUGAAUGAGAAUGGUCGGUUUGUGGUGCGAUUACCGUUUGCAGACGGCCCUGAGAAAAUUUCUGAAUCCUUGAAUAUUGCAGCAUCAAGAUUCUUUGCGUUGGAACGUCGCUUAUCUAAGGAUGCAAGUCUUCACGAGCAGUAUGCUAAAUUUAUGAAGGAGUAUGAGGAUCUGGGACAUAUGACGAAAAUACAAUCAAGAGAGGUGCGUGGUAAUCAUUACUAUAUCCCGCAUCAUUGUGUCCUACGCCCAAAUAGCAGCACAACAAAACUGAGGGUUGUGUUCGAUGCGUCUUGCAAGUCAUCAUCUGGAUGGUCACUCAAUGAUAUUUUGCAUUCAGGUCCCAGGGUUCAAGGAGAUCUGUUUGGAAUGCUGUUGCGGUUUAGACUGCCGAGAUUUGUGUUUACAACAGACAUUGAAAAGAUGUACAGACAAGUGCUAGUCGACAAAAGAGAUCGCAAAUAUCAACUAAUCGUAUGGAGAAACACUCCAGACAAGGAACUCGAACAUUACAUGUUGAAUACGUUAACAUAUGGUACGACGUGUGCCCCAUAUCUUGCUACAAGAUGUCUGAAAAAGCUAGCAGAUACGAACAUACAAAGAUAUCCAUUGGGGGCGAUGGUAUUGCAAAAGAAUUUUUACGUUGACGAUUGCAUGUGCGGGUCUGACAGUUUAACAACGGCAAUUGAGAUGCAGAAACAAGUUAAUAUGUUACUACUGGAAGCUGGAUUUAGACUACGAAAAUGGUGUGCUAACCACUUAAAACUGCUGCAUGGAAUUCCUCCAGAAGAUAGAGAAGUAGAUCUCAAUUUUGACAAAUCAUCAACCAAGGUUUUGGGAUUAACAUGGAUUCCUCAAGCAGACCGAUUUUGUUUGAAGAGUGAUGUGAACGAAUGCACCAAGGUCACCAAGCGGAAGGUCACAUCUGAUUUGGCAAGAUUGUUUGACCCCUUAGGAAUUGCGGGUCCUGUGGUGUCAGCAGCUAAGAUCUUUAUUCAGCAACUGUGGAAGAAUAAACUUGGCUGGGACGAGGAACUGCCAGCAGAAAGGGCAGCAUAUUGGCUAUCGUUCCGAGAAGGUCUGAAGAUGUUAAAUGAUUUCAGGUUACCCAGACACAUGUUUGAUGGAGAGAAACCAACAAAAAUUGAGAUACAUACUUUCGUGGACGCGUCAGAAAAGGCAUAUGGUGCUGUGGUGUAUCUUCGAGCUAUGCUGCCAGACGGCAGGCAUAUAGUCAGACUUCUUUGUUCAAAAUCAAAAAUAGCACCAAUAAAGGAGAUCACGCUGCCACGGUUAGAGCUUUGUGCCGCUGAAUUGGGAACAAAACUUACUGCUAAGGUCAAAGCCGAAUUGGGUUACGAAGAUCUAAGGACUAUUUAUUGGUCAGACUCAGAGAUUACAUUGUACUGGAUCAAUUCAGAACCAUCAGCUCUAAAGACGUUCGUUGCCAACAAAGUAAAAAAUAUACAAGGCAGAUCGAUAAACACUCAAUGGCGACAUGUGGGGACGAAGGAUAAUCCUGCCGAUUAUAUAUCCAGAGGUAUGAAACCAGAUCGUCUGUCGGGAUGUCUGAUGUGGUUUUAUGGACCCACGUAUCUACAUGGAAAUGAAUCUCUCUGGCCGGGGCCCUUCUCAAAGAAUAGAGAAAAUCAAUCCGAUCUUGAAUUCAAGACAAAAUCUACAGUAUCAGCAAUUGCCUCACAGAGUGGGUUACAGGAUAUGAUCUAUGGAAUCAACCACAAGGGUUCAUUUAGACGAUUACAACGUAUUGUCGGUUAUGUCCUGCGAUUUUCAGAAAGGAUAAAGGGACGCAAGCAUGGAAGUUCGACAGAUGUAUUGACACCUAUGGAGUUGAAUCAGGCGAUGCAACUAAUAGUCAAGACCGUACAGGUGGCAGAUUUUGCGAAAGAAAUUCAGCAAUUGAGGAAACAUGGAGCAUUGGACAAAUCAAGCUCCAUACAUAGUUUAACUCCGUUUCUUGAUGACAGAGGAAUACUUAGAGUCGGUGGCAGGUUGGAAGAGGCAACCUUAGCAUACGACACAAAACACCCGAUGUUGUUACCAUACAACGAUCCAAUUGUGAAACUCAUUCUCAGCAUGAUCCAUUUAGAGAAUAGCCACUGUGGCUCACAACUAUUACUGGCAACAUCAAGACAAAAAUAUUGGAUAAUCAAGGGGAAGGCUAUGGCUCGCAACAUUGUGCAAAAUUGCGUAAGGUGCACCCGGGCGAAGCCAAAGUUAUACAACCAAAUCAUGGGAAAUCUCCCACCGAGCAGAGUCACACCAGCAAGGCCGUUUAUUGUCUCCGGCGUUGACUAUUGCGGACCGUUAUGGGUCCACUACAAAAUACGAGGCAAGAGACCACACAAGGUUUACAUCGCUGUCUUUGUCUGCUUCGCAACAAAGGCUGUACAUUUGGAAGUAGUUACAGACCUAACAACGGAAGCAUUCAUUGGAGCAUUGAAGAGAUUUAUCUCUCGGCGAGGAAAAUGUCAAACCCUAUAUUCAGACAACGCGACUAACUUUGUAGGUGCUAAAAAUCAGCUCGAUGAAUUCAAUAAGGCUGUCUUUGGGGAGAAAGGCAAAGAAAUAAUAGCGGAGACGUGCUCAAGAGAAGGGAUCGAUUUCCAGUUUAUUCCCCCAAGAGCACCACAUUUUGGUGGCUUAUGGGAAGCCGCGGUGAAGUCAGCCAAGCAACUGUUGCUUCGCACCACUAAUAGUGCAUCAUUAACCCACGAAGAGUUGGAAACAGUUGUUAUUGAAAUAGAAGCAAUCCUGAAUUCCCGACCGUUGACUCCUAUUUCUGACGAUCCAAAUGAUCUAGCUGCAUUAACACCUGGUCAUUUUCUUGUGGGAGAACCGUUAACGGCACAGGUUGACCCAUCAGCGAACCAAUCGUCAACAUCAUUGACAAGCAGAUGGAAGGUCGUAUCUCAAAUUAGGCAUGAGUUUUGGAAACGUUGGUCCACGGAGUACUUAAAUACUCUGCAAGAAAGAAGGAAAUGGAGUACACCAUCUCCAAACGUGGAACCUGGUCAAUUGGUCAUUAUUAAGGAAGAUAACAUGCCUGUAAUGCAGUGGCCGCUAGGCAGAAUAACCCGAACAUAUAAGGGCAACGAUGGAGCCGUUCGUGUAGUCGACGUAAAGACACAAAACGGCGAAAUUAAAAGAGCUAUAACCAGAUUAGCUCCUUUAUGGAAAAAGGAAAAGGAACCUCUUCCGCCUAUAGAGACCAAGAAUAUGGAUGGCUUUUCUACCGGGAUAGGAACCCUUCAGAAGUUGUGUAAGAUAGCAGUUGAGAACAGAAGCUGUGAGAUACUUUCAGAAAAUCUUAUUCAAGUACAAAAGCAGUUGGAAUCAAAUACACUGAACAUAUUCCCCAGGCGCAUCAGGAGAGGAGCUCUAAACAUAGUCGGGAACCUCGCACACUCGUUAUUUGGUGUCUUGGAUUCGGAAUAUGCGGAGCAAAUGACUGUGACAAUUGAGAAGGCAAAUGAAGACAAGCAACAUUUGUUGGAUCUUCUAAAAAAUCAGACAUCUAUUAUUGAUUCAACAAUCAACAUAAUUAGAAAGGACGAAGAUACGAGCCAAAGGAACUUCGGCAACAUGCAAGUGGAGAUGAACCUUUUGGCAAAUAAGGUGAAGAAAGAAGAAGAUGUUGUAAAGACAACACAAUCAAUUAUGUUUCUCACUUCACAGCUCAUGCUACUUUCAUCAAGGUUGAAACAUAUAGAAGAUAACUUAAUCGACGUUUUAACGGAUGCUCAUCAUGGUCGGAUAAGUCCGUUGCUACUUACGCCACAUCAAUUGCUACAAGAGCUCCAAACCAUCAAGGCUCACAUUCCUCCAUCUCGUGCUCUACCCGUUCGCGAAGAUAAUGUUUCGGAUUUCUUCAAAUUAAUGAAGAGAUGGGAUAUAAAUGAUACACUUCCACCAUAUGAGAAUCGCCUAAAACUAAUUGAUCUUCCGACACUGGAAAAGAAACGUUUAAUGUUAAGAGCUUUAUUUAUUAUAAAACUUUUGCGUGGCGAAAUCGAUUCACAGUUUUAA